CAUAUGCCACCGCUAAUCCCACCGGCCCCGCAUUCACAGCGUAUUCAUCUUGGCUGGGGUCCUAGCCUCACAUAUAUACUGCUGGCCCUUUAUCUGCCAGGGUGAUUUGCGUUGCACAUAUACUACCCCUAGGCUUGUCGUCCGUACGCAAGCUUGCAACCAUGUCCCAGCUUCCCACGUCCACCAAGGCGAUCACCUUGCGCGAGUCACCCGCAGGCCGCGAGCCUCGCUACCACGAUGCUGCUCUCGAGCAGAGAGCCAUUCCCUCGUUGCAGAAGGGUCAGGUUCUAGUCAAAAUCGGGGCAGCAGGCUUCAAUCACAGGGAGGUCUGGAUACGCAAGGGCCUAUAUCCUGGACUGGCCUUCGGAGCUGUCUUUGGCGCGGACGGUGCAGGGACCGUCGUUGCCGCGGCGGACACGGACGACCCCCUUCUGAACAAGCGAGUAUUCCUGGUCCCCAUGCGUGGCUGGAAGAGCCACCCCGAUGCACCAGAGUCACCCAAAUUCGUCAUCCUGGGAGGUGGCAAGGUCGUUCCCCUCGGCACGUUCGCUGAAUACGUCGCAGUCGACCGCGACCAAGUUGUUCUUACACCUGAUCAUCUGAAUGAUGUGCAGGCGGCCGCAUGGCCACUUGGGGGCCUCACAGCGUGGAGAGCGUCGGUCGUGAACGCACACGUCGAAAAGGGCGAUAACGUUCUCAUCACUGGCAUAGGUGGCGGAGUUGCCCUGCUCGCCAUGCAGAUUUGCCUUGCGCGUGGCGCGAACGUCUACGUGUCGAGCGGUUCUGAAGAUAAAAUUAGCCAGGCUGUUUCCCUCGGCGCGAAGGCAGGUGUCAACUACAAGUCAGACGAGUGGCCGACGCAGCUUGAGAAGCAGCUUCAGCAAAACAGCCCAGAGAUGCCCAUACUGAGCGCUGUCAUCGACUCCGGCGGCGGUAAUAUUAUGUCCAACGUUAGUAAGAUCCUCAAGCCUGGGGGUUGUGUGGUCAUCUACGGCAUGACUGGCUCACCGGCAGUGACCUUCACCAUGCGAGAGGUGCUGAAGAACCAGAGGGUCAUCGGCUCGACGAUGGGCUCGCACAAGGACUUGGUCGACGCGACAGCGUUCCUGGCGGAGCAUCGCCUUGUACCGAUCGUCUCGCACGUGUUGGACGGUCUUGAGAAUGCGGAGCAGGGCUUCGAGCUGAUCAGCAAGGGGAAACAGUUCGGUAAGGUUGUGAUACGAAUCAAGCAUGAGGACGUUGGGGCGAGCCGCGCUCUACUGUGAUUGGAAUGACGUGCUAGCAAUGUACCUUUGUAUCGUGAUAUAUGUUUGUAUAUGUUCCAGAAUCCAAGAAGUGCAGCAUAUGACAACAAACU